ACUCGGUCUUCUCCUCCUCGGAACCCCCCAAUCGAUAUUUUUAGAUUAUAUUGCUCUAAAGUCUCAUCCCAUUCGGCCGAUCAGCACCCCGUCUCGCUGAGCCGACUGUCCGGCGGCAGCCAGUCGUCACGGGUGUCCCCUCCCGGGGUUUCUGGAUCGGCGUUGUCCUCUACGCCGCCCGCCGCCCGCCACUCGCCCGGCGUGAUCGUGGGAGUUCGCGUCCGGCGAAGCGAGGAGGGUUUCGAUCCACGGCGUUAUUGCCCCGGACAGCAGAGGUUUGGCGGCAGCUAGCGGCUUACGCACGGAGUCGUCGCGCUAGUCCAUUUGGGGAGGUGCCGGGGACGGCGCGGUGGGCAAUGGCGACCCCGACGCCGGCGCGCCCGUACCGGUUCCCCGCGCUGCCGGAGGAGGAAGACGAGCAGGCGGCCACGCGGUGCUCCAGGCGGUCCUGCGGGACGUGCGGCGCGUCGGCGGUGGCGAGCUGCGUGGCGCUGUGCUGCUGCCCGUGCGCCGCGGUGAGCUGCCUCACGCUGGCGCUCGUCAAGGCGCCCUACGUGGCGGGCCGGCGGUGCGUGGCCAGGCUCGCCAGGAGGCGGCUGCGGAAGGGGAGGGCGAGGCGCGUCCGCGACAUGGGCGAGGACGACGACGAGCGGCAGGGCCCGCGGUGCAGCAAGGAGUCGUGCGACCUGCCUCGUGCGGCUGCGGCCGACGAGAGGGCGAAGGUGAGCUCCAGGAUUGACGCGUCGUCCGAGAAGGUGUGGGUGGACAUGUACCAGGUCGGGCUUUGGGGGUUCGGCCGGCUGUCCUUCUCGGCGGCGGCCGGGGCUGGAAGCGACUCCGACAAGGACGGCGACACUGCUCCAGAGUAAUGUCGUCUUGUAGUACAACAGACUUCUAUCUUGGGCAAUAUGGCCUGUACGAUCUUUUGUGAUGGCGUGGAUCGUUUGGUUGGUGGACACGAUGCUGUGACGCGCGCUGCCUAUGGGCGACUCACCUUUAUUGCUGCAUCAAAACUCUGUACAAAAUUGCACCCGGUACAUCAUUGCACACAUACUUGGCUCC